GCGCGCUCUGCUCCGGUGACGUCGCUCCAGAGGGAUGGGAGCUUGACGUUGGAGCGCGAGCGCUUUUCACAUACCAACUGGGAGAGAGGAGAGCGAGCGCACGGCAGUCCCAACCAUGGUCAGCGCUUUGAGAGAACACUGUGGAAUCAACCGGGACUGACAACAUCAAAAACAUGGAAUGCGACUGAGCAACAUUGUAUCUUUCCAGGCUGCCUGAAGUUAUUUUUCUCAUCGACCAUUGAAGAAGAGGAGGAGGGUUGUCAUUUACGAAUUGGAUUCCAGAGCACCCUCUCUCAUCCUCUCUUCCUGUCGCUCUUUCUCUCUGUCUUUCUUCGGGUCUCCAUAUCUUCGCAUUGAAAAGUCACAGAGUGGAAAGGAUAUUUCGGUUUAUUGGAAUUAUAGCUGCUCUGGAAAUCAUUUUCUGGGAACAUCGUCUUGGAUGAGAACCUGUGAGCAUCAUGAGUACCAGGGCCUAUCAGCAGGGCUCUUUGGGCAGUGAGCGGAGCUCUGGACCAAUCCGGUGCCAGCAUUGUCGGGAGGCGUGUAAGGGAGAGGUGGUGCGUGUUCAGGACACACACUUCCAUGUCAAGUGUUUCACCUGCACAGUGUGUGGGUGUGGCCUGGCUAGAUCUGGGUUCUAUCAGAAGAGUGGUGAGUACAUCUGUACGUCAGACUACCAGCGUCUGUAUGGGACACGCUGUGACCGCUGUGACGGAUUCAUCACCGGGGAGGUGGUUUCUGCUCUGGGGAGGACCUACCACCCUACCUGCUUCGUCUGCAGUGUCUGCAGGAAGCCGUUCCCUAUCGGAGACAGAGUGACGUUCAGUGGGAAGGACUGUGUGUGUCAGCAGUGUUCUCACACACUUGUCACCUCCAACGAACCAAUCAAGAUCCACGGACCCAGCCACUGUUCGGGGUGUGGAGAAGAUAUAAAACAGGGACAGUCUCUGCUGGCAUUGGAGAAACAGUGGCAUGUCAGCUGCUUCAAGUGUCAAACCUGCAACAUGGUCCUCACUGGGGAAUACAUCAGCAAGGACAAUGUGCCGUACUGUGAGUCUGACUACCAUGCCCAGUUUGGGGUUAAGUGUGAGACGUGCAGCAGAUACAUCAGUGGACGGGUACUGGAGGCAGGGGGUAAGCACUACCACCCUACCUGUGCCCGCUGUGCCCGAUGUCACAUGAUGUUCACAGAGGGAGAAGAAAUGUACCUGCAUGGGGGUGAGGUGUGGCACCCUUUGUGUAAACAAGCAGCCAGAUCGUGGGGAAGACUCACGCACAGACGUCUGUCAGAGACCUCCAUCUCUCCACCGGGCUCGUCAAUUGGCUCUCCCAGUCGUGUCAUCUGUGCCAGGGUGGAGAAUGUGAUGCCAGACUAUAAGGACUUGGCCGCACUGCCUAAGGUCAAGGCAAUAUAUGAGGUCCAGCCACCUGACCUCAUAUCAUCCUACCAGCCACAGAAUCAUCCUACCAUAUCAUCCUACCAGCAACAUAGUCAUCCGACCAUAUCAUCCUACCAGCAACAUAAUCAUCCUACCAUAUCAUCCUACCAGCCACAGAAUCAUCCUGCCAUAUCAUCCUACCAGCAACAUAAUCAUCCUACCAUAUCAUCCCACCAGCCACAGAAUCAUCCUACCAUAUCAUCCUACCAGCAACAUAAUCAUCCUACCAUAUCAUCCUACCAGCAACAUAAUCAUCCUACCAUAUCAUCUUACCAGCCACAGAAUCAUCCUAACAUAUCAUCCUACCAGCCCUACCCCAGAUACUCCUCAGAUGACAUAGAGACCUUCAGCUAUGGAGAGUCACUUGGGACUCUCUAUUCUCAGAAGCUGUAUGACAGUGUAGACAUGAAACAUAGACCGUGUUCCAGCCCCAGCUACAUGGACUCUCCCUCCUUCAGCCGUCAAGCCAUGUCUCCCAUCAUGCCUUGCUCACCGCAGCACUAUGGACACCCCGUGCUGGCUGCAAGCUCUGAGAGUGGCAGGAGCUCGCCUUAUUACGGCUCGCUGGAGGGACGGCCUAGUUCUCCUACCACAUACCACGCCCCCAAGCAUUUCCAUGUACCAGACAAUCUCCCAGCCACCAAAAGCAGGACUAGCGAAGAUCUAAUCACAUCCUCCAAACUGACUACCUACUCUCCAGAACCGUACAUACAGUCACAGUCUGACUCCUACCCCUAUCCCAGAUCCCCUAAAGUUCUCUGUGCUCCUAGAAGAAGGUACUCUACAGGAGGAGAUGAAGAGAGCUGGAGUCACAGCAGUCUUCAAAGAAUCCAGAGUGGUAUAGGGAGGAUGAUCCUAAAGGAGGAGAUGAAAGCAAGAUCUGGUUGCUAUGACAACGACCCUUGGGGCAGCACACGGAACUCCCGCAGUGGCAGCAAGGAGACUCUCACUACUGCCAGCUACAACAUCACUGGCUACAACAAUACUGUUAAUGGCUCUCCUCGAUCCAAUUACAGCCUAGACAAUGAUUCAUACAAGUCAGCCUCUCUACCAGGAUACAGGCGGAACAGUGUCAACAGGCCCCAGAGUGCAGCCCCAGACUACUGCCAACAGUAUGACGGCAGUAGUGAUGUCAACUGGGGAACCAGAGAAUACAAGGUUUACCCGUAUGAAGCGCUAAUCGUGACCACCAGGGGGCGACACAUAGUGCCUAAAGAUGUAGACAGAGCCAGACUAGAGCGUCAUCUGAGUCCCGAGGAGUUCCUACAGGUGUUUGGGAUGACCGUGGCAGAGUUUGACCGGCUGGCUCUCUGGAAGAGGAAUGGAAUGAAAAAACAGGCCCGACUCUUCUAACCAUGGAGAGAGAGAGACAAUUAGAGGAAUUGAGAAAUAGAAACUGUUCUAAUUAAAGAAAGAGAGACUGUUAAUGACAAUAGAGAUAAAGAGAGAGAGAGAGAGAGAGAGAGACUGUUAAUGAAAACAGAGAUGGAGAGAGAGAGAGACUGUUAAUGAAAACAGAGAUAGAGAGCGAUGGAGAGAGAAAGAAUUUACAGCAGAAUGAGAGUGUUGCUGCAGAAAGACAGACAUACAGAGAGAGAGACAGACAGGCAAACAGGCAGACAGACAGACAAAGCGAGGGGAAUGUGUAAUCUCACUGCCACAGACUGAACCCUCCCCACCCCACCACAGUCCAGAGAGAGAGAGACAGAGGGAGAGACACGGAGGUCAGGAGACUUUUGGUUUUGCCUUACUAUUGUGGAUUAUUUUAUAAACUGUUAGUGUGCAGCACCAGCAAACUGAAUGACUAGAAUGUAGAUAUCAUUACACCACUUUAUCAGAAUGAUUGAAUAAAUGGAUAGAUGGAUGGACGAAUGAACAAACAAUGCUUUUGUUUUAGUUUUUGAAAUGGUGCUUACUGAUGAUCAUUUCUCCUUUCCUUUUUUCUUCUUUCACUUUAUCACUAGUAUCUUGUGGUUUACAGUGAUGCUGGCAGCCAUCUUCUAAUGACAUCAUAUCCAUCUUUUAAUGACAUCAUACGAAUAUUUUAAUGACAUCAUACCUAUAUUUCAAUUACAUCAUGAAAAUAUUUUUCUGAUCAUUAAAUCCAAAGUCAGAUAGCGAAUAUGUACAGCAAAAGAUACUUCAGUGAAUCCAUAUUGGUGUCUGAACAAACCUUGACAGGUGAGACUAGGUCAAACCUAAGACUUUUUGGUCCACCAGUUAUGAUAAUUAUUCACGCAAUGAUAGGCUACAGAUGAUAGGCUUCACUGUCAGGAAAACAAACACAUGCUACACGUACCUGCUGUAGCGUUGUGAUAGAGAGAACAGUAUUGGUCACACAAAGGAAAAUGUCAUUCUUUAGUUGAAUUAUGAAUACGUAUUAAUCCUGGAUCAUUGCAUAAAUAAACAUUAAAUACAGUUUGUAUUUCAGACAUGAAAUGAGAAGUGUGCAGCUUGGUUAACAUACAGUUAUAUACUACACUUGUUUGCAGUUAUGAAGACGUAUCCAGUCACAAUAUGUAUGUUGCAGAUGAACAUGCAUAUCACAAUAUAUUGAGGGUUGGUUUCCUUAACACAGAUUAAUCCUACUCCUGGACUAAAAAGCAUUUUCAAUAGAGAGAUGCAUAAUUUUUUUGUCCAGGACUUAUUUUAUGAAUUGUAUAAUUUGUUUUAUUUUGAAUCUAUAAAACAUACUGUAACAAUCUCCUUUUCACAGUUACAUCAUGUAUAAUUUAUUCUAAUAAAAUACUGAUUUCAUGUGUAUGUGACUGUCAAUCGAUCAAUCAA